UUUGAAGUUGAAAAAAGUGGAAAAAUGAAAUCUUUCAUUAUCAUAACUUUGGCAUUUCUCUCAACUGCUUCAGCUCGUAUUUAUAGCGGGCCAUGUCGAUUGGACGAAAUGUCAGCUCGAGUGAAGACAAACUUCCAAGUUUCACCUUUCAUGGGUGUUUGGUACCAAAUCGGACGAUAUGAUACACAAACCAAUUAUGUUUGCGUCACGUCUCGCUAUUCAUUGAACAAUGAUGGCUCGAUUCAUAUGAGUAGUACCGGAUUCACUUCAGGAGGUACACCUAGACAAUCCACUGGACAAGCACAAUUAACUAACCCAAACGAAAAUCCAUUAACUGGAAAACUUGAUGUUACUGGAUUUGGAUCAGGAACAACAUCAGCAAUCUUUUGGGUCAUGGAUACAGAUUAUUCUGAUUACGCAGUUGUGUGGAGUUGUCGUAACAUUUCUCGUGGAAGAUCUGAAGAACUUGCAUGGGUAUUGGCAAGAACACCACAAACAUCGGAGGCUGUUCGACAACGUUAUGAAAAUGCUGUUCAUUCAAGUGGACUUGUAUUAGAUGCAAUCAGAUUGACUAAUCAAGAUGCGACAUUCUGCAAAUUUGAAGUUGAAAAAAGUGGAAAAAUGAAAUCUUUCAUUAUCAUAACUUUGGCAUUUCUCUCAACUGCUUCAGCUCGUAUUUAUAGCGGGCCAUGUCGAUUGGACGAAAUGUCAGCUCGAGUGAAGACAAACUUCCAAGUUUCACCUUUCAUGGGUGUUUGGUACCAAAUCGGACGAUAUGAUACACAAACCAAUUAUGUUUGCGUCACGUCUCGCUAUUCAUUGAACAAUGAUGGCUCGAUUCAUAUGAGUAGUACCGGAUUCACUUCAGGAGGUACAUUUAGACAAUCCACUGGACAAGCACAAUUAACUAACCCAAACGAAAAUCCAUUAACUGGAAAACUUGAUGUUACUGGAUUUGGAUCAGGAAGUGAGUUUUAA